AACAACUUCAGAAUGUCAGCAGAGUGCAAGGGAUACAGAGGCAGGAGGCGUCCGCAGAGAUAAUAUUAGUUCCCCUCUGAGGAGCAUAGCAGAACUUUUGGGGUAAGGAUUCCUGUAUCGUGCAAAAUAAAACGACGUCCUCUUUGGUUGAGUAAAAGAGAAGAAAUUGUAACAAGGCAGAGAGACGAUUGCGAAAGUUUACAUCCAGGGAGCUUGACUUCCAAAACUCGUGCAGCCACUGCAGUGGUCGGUGGAGCUGAUCGGGUCGUUUGAUACAGGGACAAAGGUGACAACCGGCACGAUGAUGUUACUUCUUGGAGUCCUUCUUCUUUUAACUUGCAGCAUUUGCAAAGCCAGCCGGAUGGCAGAAGCAGUAGGAGAUGACAGCAAAGUGUUUGAUUUAUUUGAAAUGACUCAUCUCAAUCGCAAGAAUCCAGGGGUAAAGUUGGUGAAGGGGACUGACACUUCCAGCCCAGCUUUUCGAAUCAUGGACUCAAGUAAAAUCCCCCCUGUGCCAGAAGCUUCAUUUCAGGAUCUUUUGGACUCCAUCCAGCUGGAGCGGGGCUUCAUUCUACUGGCUAAUGUGAGGCAGUUGAAAAAGACUCGGGGUACCAUCAUUUCUGUGGAGCGACUGGAUGGAUCGGGGCAUGUCUUCUCGGUUGUAUCCAAUGGAGUGGCACGCACUCUCGACCUGACAUUCUCUUUGGGAGGUAAACAGCACCUCAUAUCCCUAGAAGAUGCACACCUGGCCAGCUCAGACUGGAAGAAUAUGGCUUUACAGGUGCAAGAGGACCGAGCGCAAUUAUAUGUGGACUGCGAAGGAGUGAUUAAUAAUGACCUGGAAGUUCCCAUUUACAGGGUGUUGAAUCAGGAUGUUGCCAAGAAUGCUAGACUGAGAUUGGCCAAAGGAGAAGUUAAAGAUGACUUCCAGGGCACGCUUCAAAAUGUACGCUUCGUCUUUGGCACAAGUCUGGAAGAUAUCCUCAGAAACCGGGGCUGUGCUAGCAGAACCAGGGAAGUUAUUAAUUUAGAUACCUCAAUAAAUGGCUCUAGCCCAGCAAUUCGAACUGAUUUCAUUGGACACAAGACAAAAGAUAUCCAAGCCAUCUGUGGAUUCUCAUGUGAUGAACUUCACAACAUGUUUGCAGAACUACGUGGGCUUCGGGCUAUGGUUACACAGAUGACAGAAAAGGUUCAUGAACUGACCAAGGAGAAUGAGCUUAUAGCAAAAGUGAUUGGGAAACAUGGUGUAUGUAUUCACAAUGGAAUUCGAUAUGAUAACAAAGAUUCUUGGACCGUGGAUAACUGCACAGAAUGCACAUGCCAGAAUUCAGCAGUUCACUGUCGCAAGGUAUCCUGCCCUCUGAUGCCGUGUACAAAUGCUACAGUUCCUGAUGGUGAAUGUUGCCCCCGCUGCUGGCCUAGUGACUCUCCAGAUGAUGAUGGUUGGUCCACGUGGUCUGACUGGACUUCAUGCUCUGUUACUUGUGGAAUUGGAACCCAGCAAAGAGGACGCUCCUGUGAUAAGAUAAAUAACUUAUGUGUAGGUCCUUCGGUUCAGACACGUACCUGUCAUGUCAGCGAGUGUGACAAGAGAUUUAGACAAGACGGUGGUUGGAGUUACUGGUCUCCAUGGUCUUCAUGCUCUGUUACUUGUGGAGUGGGAGAAAUCACUAGAAUUCGCUUGUGCAACUCACCUGUUCCUCAGCUGGAUGGUAAACCCUGUGCUGGAAGUGGCAGGGAAACAAAGAAGUGCCAAAAAGACCCUUGUCCAAUCAAUGGAAACUGGGGACCAUGGUCAGAAUGGGAUGUCUGCUCUCUUACAUGUGGCGGUGGAAUUCAGAAGCAUAAACGCCUCUGUAACAACCCAGCACCCAAGUAUGGAGGCAAGCCUUGUGUGGGUCCAGCCGUGGAAACACAGAUCUGUAACAAACAAGACUGUCCAGUUGAUGGCUGUCUGUCCAAUCCUUGUUUCGCUGGAUCCACAUGCACAAGCUUUCCUGAUGGGUCUUGGAAAUGUGGCCCCUGCCCUACUGGUUACCGUGGAGAUGGCAUUCAUUGUGUAGAUAUUGAUGAGUGCACAGAAGUGCCAGAUACCUGCUUUGUUCUCAAUGGUGUACACAGAUGUGAAAAUACAGAACCUGGGUACAAUUGUUUACCUUGCCCACCACGUUACAGUGGGUCACAACCCUUUGGAAAAGGAAUUGAAGAUGCAAUGGCUAACAAACAAGUCUGCAAACCCCGUAAUCCUUGCACUGAACAGACUCAUAACUGUAAUAAGAAUGCCAGGUGCAUCUAUCUUGGGCACUACAGUGACCCCAUGUUCCGCUGUGAAUGUAGACCUGGCUAUGCUGGUAAUGGUCUCAUCUGUGGAGAGGAUACAGAUCUGGAUGGCUGGCCAAAUGAUAACCUUACCUGUGUAGCAAAUGCCACAUACCACUGCAAAAAGGACAAUUGUCCAAAUCUUCCCAACUCUGGCCAGGAAGACUAUGACAAGGAUGGCAUUGGAGAUGCUUGUGAUGAUGAUGACGAUAAUGAUAAUAUUGUAGAUGAAAGGGACAAUUGCCCAUUUAUUUUCAAUCCACAGCAAUAUGACUAUGAUCGUGAUGAUGUCGGUGACCUUUGUGACAACUGUCCAUACAUUAACAACCCAGAUCAGGCCGACACAGACAAUAAUGGUGAAGGUGAUGCCUGUGCAAAAGACAUUGAUGGAGAUGGUAUUCUGAAUGAAAUGGAUAACUGCCCAUAUGUGUACAAUGUUGACCAGAAGGACACGGACUGGGAUACUGUUGGAGAUCAGUGUGAUAACUGUCCUUUGGAGCACAACCCAGACCAGGCUGACAGUGACUCUGACCUUGUUGGAGACAAGUGUGACAGUAAUGAGGACAUAGAUGAUGAUGGUCAUCAAAACAACUUGGACAACUGCCCGUAUAUCCCCAAUGCUAACCAAGCUGAUCAUGAUAGAGAUGGCAAAGGUGAUGCAUGUGACCACGAUGAUGACAAUGACGGUAUCCCUGAUGAGAAAGACAACUGCAGAUUGGCCUACAACCCUGACCAGCUGGACUCUGAUGGUGACGGGCGGGGUGAUGUAUGUAAAGAUGACUUCGAUCAGGACCAGGUACCAGAUAUUGAGGAUGUUUGUCCUGAAAACUUCAACAUCAGUGAAACAGACUUCCGUAGAUUCCAGAUGGUACCACUUGAUCCCAAAGGAACAUCCCAAAUUGAUCCUAGCUGGGUUGUACGGCAUCAGGGUAAAGAAUUAGUACAGACAGUGAACUGUGAUCCCGGCCUUGCUAUUGGGUUUGAUGAGUUUGGAGCUGUGGACUUCAGGGGCACCUUUUUCAUUAAUACUGAAAGAGAUGAUGAUUACGCUGGGUUUGUGUUUGGCUACCAGUCCAGCAGCCGCUUCUAUGUCGUCAUGUGGAAACAGAUCACACAAACCUACUGGGAUGUGACUCCCACCAGAGCACAAGGAUAUUCUGGACUGUCCAUCAAAGUAGUGAACUCCACUACUGGUCCCGGUGAACAUCUCAGAAAUGCCCUCUGGCAUACAGGAAACACUGCAGGACAGGUUCGGACCCUCUGGCAUGACCCUCGUCAUACCGGCUGGAAAGAUUUCACCGCUUACAGGUGGCACCUUAUCCACCGACCAAAGACUGGUCUUAUUAGAGUUGUGAUGUAUGAGGGCAAGAAGAUUAUGGCUGAUUCCGGAAAUAUCUAUGACAAGACAUAUGCUGGUGGUCGGUUGGGCCUGUUUGUUUUCUCCCAAGAAAUGGUUUACUUCUCUGAUCUAAAAUAUGAAUGCAGAGAUUCAUAAUGUUGCGGUUGGCACAGAUGUUUACAUGCUGACGUUGCACCAGUGGAACCUUGGGCUCUUUGAGACAAACAAGACUGCAGUUCCACUUUUUCUUUACUUCUGAAUAUAUAUAUUUAUACAUACGCAUACUUGCAUAACACACAUUAUUUGUGAAUUUCAAGUAUAUGACCUGCUUCAAACCAAGUCACUGGGCAGGUGGGGCCAACAGUUGCAGCACCGGAGCUGUUUUGGCCAUUUACACGCACAGACACUUUCAACCCAUGCCAAGUGAAAGUUUUCUUCACUUAAGAAUGGAAAUAUAGUUCCUGCCAUGAACAAGAACAGAUUAUGUGUACUUUUGUCUUCCUUGCCUCUUCAAAGGUAGAGGUCCCCAUGCAGAAAGAAGUGGUCCACUUUUACAGCAGGGCCUCCAUAUGAUGUUCUGUGAAUUGCUCAAGGAAGGUAAUUUGAAAUAGCCAACAUAUGCGACUUGAAUGUGGCUGGAAAGAAUAAGAGACUUGUAAAGGGUGGAGUUCUUUGCCACACCUGGUUUGUUGUUGCCUUAUUCAUCUGGAAGAACGCCUGAAUAAACAGUUAUUUUUCUAGAUGUACAGAUUUUUAAAAUUAUUGUCUUUUUGUUACAGAUAAUUUUUACUGUGUAGUUUAUAUAUAUAUGUUCCUUCAGCACCAAAGUCUUAAUUUUUUAGAAGCACAGGAUGAAGUUUUAUGUGACUAAAUGAACUGGAACUGAUCCCAUUUAAUAGGAAGUCCAGAUACAGAGAAAAGACAAGGUUGUUGCCAUAGAAACCAGUAAUACACUAUAGAUCAUCUACAUUUCCCAGGUAUGGGUGUUCUUUGCUCCUUUGUCCAUUUUGUAUACGAAAUGGGCAGAAAUUGCAGAAAGCACUAUCUUCCUUUAGCACUUGUCAGUCUAUGUGAAAAUAAACAUGUUAUUUUCUGAAAGGUACACAGUUAAUAUAUCAGGCAUUUAAAACAUUCCUCAAGUUUGUCUUGUCCUUUGAGUAACUUGGCCAUUUUACCUGUAGAUAAAGUAAUUGAGAAAUAUUUAUUAUUUUUUUACUAUUUAGGAUGUAAGAUGUCUGAAGGAUUCUUACUGACAGGAAAACAAAAGAGUGUCUUGAUUUUUCAUAAAUUUCUUGCUUUUAGUUAUUGUAUCAAUGUAAGAUUGUAAAUACUUUGAUUAUUUAUUAACAGUGUUUUGUCUUGAGAAAUUAGCUUUAGUUUAUAGUUUAUCAUGCAUUUUUUUUGUCCAUUGUGUUUACAAGCUGUGUCCUUCCCUUGCCUUCAUUAAAAAAGAAAAAAAAAUCCACGAGGUACAGUCUCUUGAUAGUCAGUGUCACUGGUACAUAACAGUAUAUACUGUGCUGGUGUCGGUGUAUGUGUGCCUGUAACCUCAUUUUUUCCAAAAACAAAAUCAGACAAAAUUGAAAUAUCAUGGAUGCCAGUAUUACCUCAUUUUUAUGACUGAUAAAAGAAUGAUACAUUCUUUAGCACCAGCAGCUGAGAACUUCUGGUAAAAGUGUUACUAAUUGUUAAUUCUACUGUAGAAGUGAACGAGUGCUGCACAUAAAAGUAUUUUAUUUCUUUUGCACAAAGAAAUAAGUACUCUGACGGUGAAAAUGUCAGAAACACUUGCUAAAGCCUUAGUACUUACUUGCUGGUGGUAAAUUAUGUGAUGUUGUUACAUCUUGGGUUGAUUAUAAGGUUAGGCAUAAUUCUGAAUAAAUUCAAUUUAGUCGCCCAGGAAGGUAUAAUCUCUCUCCUAAUUAUAUUAUAUUUUGGAAAGCACUAAUGUAAUGCCAUUAUUGAGGGGUCCAAAUGUAUAAGAGGUGGCAAACCUUGAUGAAUGGUUUUGAACUGUGGUAAUGUUUGGAGAUGUCAUUAUGGGUCAAAGGUUACUUUGGCCAGUCAAUUUAUCUGAUUUUUCUUGCCCAUUAAUGAUAAACAUUUCUAACAGUACUGCAAGUUUGAUAUCAUUCUGUUAUACCACAAUGUAUUUUUUUUAUAAAUUAUUGUGUCGGACUUUAUUUGUAACUGAUAAUCUCAUACAGUUUGUAGAUAUUACUAUUUAAAUAAUUUAUCAGGAAGCAUAGGAAAAUUUAGUGUUCAUUCGUUUUCACACUGAAAUGAGAAACUUUGCUUUGGUUCAUACUGUCUGUUUUCUUUUUUCUUGCACAUCCCUGAACAUGUUGACAUUUAAAAAUGCGUUAUGUUGUCAUUCAGUUGUCUACAACAAUAAACAAAAUACAAAAAAGAAA